AUGACUUCCACUCCGAACCCCGUUUUCAAGUUCAAUAGAGACACAUACACGGUCAAGGUGGAGAACAUCGUGGAAUACGUGAGCCGACAUGACAUAGUGGAAUUGUUCAGUAAUCUUAUCGGUGAGGUACGUAAAUGCGAAGAACAUACCGAAGGAAGUCGUCGGGCUCUCUUUCUGACAUUCCAUACGAACGACGCGGCCAAGAAAGCGUUGUGCAUGUCCGGUUACAAUGUGGCGGAAGUACCGUUAACAGUCACAGCUUCGAUUGCUCCGGACUUUCCGCGCGUGGUAAAACACAGCAGACAGCAAGACAUGCGCCGCAAUCUCUACGUUCUAGGGUUGCCUUUCGAUCUUACGAAAGCCGAGUUUGUGGACUUGUUCUCCCGCUACGGAACGGUCUCCCACGCAGUUAUUCUUGCGACGGUGGACAACGCAUCCAGACGCCGCGGUUUUGUCGUCAUGAGCAAUCACGAAGAAGCAAAACGUGCUAUGGAUGCGCUGAGCCGUACCGACAUCAAAGGACAUCAGAUAGACGUUUCGUGGGCCGUUGUCCAGCGCUCGCAAGGUUUCCUCGACGGAGGCGAUCGGAUGACUGUCCUGUCAAGUCACUCGCCUUCUCCGUCUCCGCCUUUCGACAUUGGCUCUGUCCACUCAGCGCCCUCGUCUGGUGCGGUCUCCCUUGCCACGACCCCUCUUCCCGAACAAGUGCCUCUUCCCAUACUGUCCGCUCAUGCGGCUAAAAUUCUGGUCACCAAUCUGCCGGCUGUUAUCUUCUCUCAGACUGCCGACCUUCUUCCCUUACUCUGUCCUUUCGGCGAAAUCAAGAGCCUUGAAAUCGUUCCAUGCUCUUCCGUGGACGUCACUCAGGGUGAUAUCUCGGUUGUGAUCGAGUAUGCCACAAUUGCCCAAGCCAAGGAAGCGUGUGACGCUCUCCAUGGGCAGAUGUACUCGAAUAAGCCUGUUAAGGUCGAGUACUUACCGCCGACUGGCUCCGAUUUCAACACUGGGACCGGCCUCUCUGAAGACUUUGCGAAGACCGGUCUAAACCCUCAUGCGGCCCCCUUCAUGAUUCCUGCUACCCUUCCUCCCGAUGCGGUCCUUGCCUCCGUCGGGCCGCUGUACACUGAGCCGAACGGUCAAGCACACAUUGCCGCGGCGGUCCCGACUGGCCUUCUUGCCGUGAAUUCCUAUCACCUUUCUCCGUAUGCGACAUCCCCUUCUCUGUACACCCAUGUCUAUGUUCCCGUUGCUGGGACCGUGCGGCCGAACUCUGCUCCCUCGCUCUGGUCGGGCAAUCCGUUGCAGUCACGCGCUGGACAGUGGACUUUUCCCCACCUGCAGCACUUGUCGAACCUUUCUACGCCUUCGCUCCGGUCUCCGUACGCCGCCUAA